CGCGGCGCAGGCGCAGAAGCGGCGUGGGUGGCUCCCCUCAGGCGGCUCCGGUGCCCGUGAGGGAAGUGGCGAUGUUGGGGGGAAGCGGCGGCGAGGAGGAGGAAGGCGGCGAGGACGAGGCGGUGGUAGCGGUGGCGGCGGCCCCCCUCAGAAAGGGCUCCGCCUCGCCGCCCUCGGACACCCGAGGCGGGGAGGAGGAAGAGGAGGAGGAAGGCGGCGGCGCAGACCCCGCGGCCGGCCGUGAGGAGAAGCGAGGCGUCGAGGAAGGAGAGGAGGAGGAGGAAGAAGAAGACGAAGCAGCGUCCGCCGCCCUCCUGGCGGCUGAGGCGGCCCUGGCGGCGGAGCGGGCGACGCGGCAGCGCUACGAGGAGCUCUGCGGCAGCCUCAACAUGGACGAGCGCGCCCGAGGGGAGGCCUGGCUCAGCUACCAGAGCAUGAGGCGCAAUUACACCCUGGAGGGAAAUGAUCUACACUGGCUAGCUUGUGCCUUGUAUGUGGCUUGCAGAAAAGCUGUCCCCACAGUUAGCAGAGGAACUGUUGAAGGGAACUACGUAUCCUUAAUAAGAAUAUUACGUUGCUCAGGACAAAGUUUGAUAGAGUUUUUUAACAAGAUGAAGAAAUGGGAAGAUAUGGCAAAGCUACCCUCUCAAUUCAGAGAACGUACUACAAGAUUAGAAAGAAAUUUUACCGUUUCUGCUGUCAUUUUUAAGAAGUAUGAACCCAUUUUUCAGGACAUUUUCAAGUACCCUCAAGAUGACCAACCACGUCAGCAAAGAGGACGAAAACAAAGGAAACAACCAUGUACGGUCUCUGAAGUUUUCCAGUUUUGCUGGGUGCUGUUUGUUUAUGCAAAAGGAAAUUUCCCUAUGAUCAGUGAUGACUUGGUCAAUUCGUACCAUCUCUUGUUAUGUGUUCUUGACCUAGUCUACGGAAAUUCUCUGCAGUGCCCAAAUCGUAAGGAGCUUCUGAAUCCCAGUUUUAAAGGACUGCCUGAAGAUUUUCAUAAUAAGGAUUUUAAACUGUUGUUUGAACCCCCUUGCAUCAUUGAAAAACUUUGUUCUUUACACGAUGGCUUGAUUUUAGAAGCGAAGGGCAUAAAAGAGCAUUUCUGGAAGCCCUAUGUGAGAAAACUCUUUGAGAAAAAGAUUCUAAAGGGAAAGGAAGAAAGUCUGACAGGGUUUCUAGAUCCUGGAAGCUUUGGCGAAAGCUUCAAAUCCAUCAACAAGGCCUACGAAGAGUACGUCUUGUCCGUCGGAAAUCUAGAUGAGCGGAUAUUUCUUGGAGAAGAUGCAGAUGAAGAAAUAGGAACCCUGCAGAGGUGUCUAAACACAUCCUCAGGAGUCGAAACAGCUGAAAGAGUGCAAGUGAAAUGCAAUCUGCAGGAGCAUUUUGAACGAGCAAAAGCCUUCAGAAUAUCCACACCUCUUACUGGCCGAAAAUACAUCAAGGAGAGCGAUCCCUGUGUGAGCCCCCUUUCUGCAGCCACAUACAAUUUGACACGGCUCCAUACAAUGCUGACAGGCUUGAAAAACGCCCCUAGUGAAAAUCUGGAGCAAAUUCUCAGGUCGUGUUCCAUGGACCCAUCUCUGUCUAUUGCCAACAGAGUGAAAGAAAUGUAUGAAAUUUAUUGUCAGAGGGUGCCGUCUCAGGGAGACCCUGACCGCUUCUCCAGAGAUAUUGUUGGAAAACAUUUCCAUCUUGCAGAGGUUCUUUACUACAAGGUACUAGAAUCUGUCAUUGAGCAGGAAAAGAAAAGACUGGGAGAUGUUGACUUGUCUGCAAUCCUCGAACAUGAUUUGUUUCACAGAUCUCUCAUGGCUUGCUGCCUUGAGAUAAUCACGUAUUCUUACAAGGCCGCUGACCGAUUCCCCUUCAUCAUUGAUAUAUUUGAUGUCCCUGCCUUUCAUUUUUACAAGGUGAUAGAGAUUCUGAUUAGAGCAGAAGACGGUCUUUGCAGGGAAGUGGUGAAGCACCUCAAUCACAUCGAGGAGCAGAUUUUAGAGAGUCUGGCGUGGAAAAUAGAAUCUGCACUAUGGGACAAAAUCAAAGAAAACGGCAAUAAAAUUCCAACCUGUGAGGAGGUCAUGCCAUCUCAGUGUUUGGAAAGAUCCAGUGGGAACAAUGUGGCAGAUUCCCCUUUAACCCCAAGGAGACUAAAUGAGGUUCGUGCUGAAACUGGAGCACUGGGAAAGGGCCUUCCGGCUUCUCCAGCUACGCUUUAUGAGAGAUACAGCUCCCCAACAAGCCACCCGACCAGGAGAAAAUUGUUUGUCGAUAACGACAGCCCAGCGGAGGCUCCCCGGACUCCUGUGAGGGUCUCCCAGCAGCCUGUGAUUGCGACCGUCCCUGUGCAGAACGUCUCCCCAGAGACACUGCCUGUCACUCCGGUGCCCGGGCAAAACUUAGUAACCGUAGCAACGGCCACCGUCACUGCAAAUAAUGGGCAGACCGUGACAAUACCAGUACAGGGUAUAGCCAAUGAAAAUGGGGGAAUAACGUUCAUCCCAGUCCAGGUCAACGUGAGCGGACAGGCUCAGCCCCUGGCCGGUUCCAUCCCGCCUCUCAGCGCCCAGGCCCUUGCUGGGACGCUGAGCACUCAGCAGAUGGCUGGCGCGGGGCUUCACUUACAAGGCCAGUUCCAACAGAUUGCUCUUCCUGGAGAACAGAGACAAAAGCAGCUGAUCGGUGGAGCCAGUGGUCCGUCCAGGAAGGCCAGCUCUCUCUCGCUCUUCUUUAGAAAGGUGUUUCACUUAGCAAGUGUCCGUCUGCGGGAUCUCUGUCUCAAACUCGAUCUUUCUGAUGAGCUGCGGAAGAAGAUCUGGACGUGUUUUGAGUUCUCGCUGGUGCAGUGCUCUGAGCUAAUGAUGGAUCGCCAUUUAGAUCAGCUGUUAAUGUGUGCCAUUUAUGUCAUAGCAAAGGUCACAAAAGAAGGCACAUCAUUUCAGGAUAUCAUGCGGUGCUAUCGGACCCAGCCGCAAGCAAAGAGCCAUGUAUAUCGCAGUGUCCUGAUUAAAGGCCAAAGGCGAAGACGUUCAGCCAGUAGCGACAGCAGCAAUCAACAGAAUUCUCCCACAGACAGAAAUAAGGAAAGAACAAGCAGGGAUUCUAGUCCCGUGAUGAGGUCGAGUAGCACCCUGCCAGUCCCUCACCCGAGUAGCGGCCCUCCAACCCCGACCCGCCUGACCGGAGCCAACAGCGACGUUGAGGAGGAAGAACGCGGGGACCUGAUUCAGUUCUAUAACCACGUCUACCACGACCGAAUCAGAGACUUCGCCCUGAAGUACUCGUCGGCCAGUGGAGCUGAGCCUCCUCCUCUUUCUCCAUACCCUUUUGUAAGAAGUGGCUCCCCACGCAGAAUUCAGCUGUCUCAGAACCACAAAAUUUACAUCUCCCCUCACAAAAACACCUCUGCGCUGUCUCCAAGGGAGAAAAUCUUCUAUUAUUUCAGCAGCAGCCCAUCAAAGAGGCUUCAAGAAAUCAACAGUAUGAUUCGAACUGGGGAGGCCUCGACCAAGAAGCGGGGCAUUGUCCUGGAGGAGGGGGCUGAAUCGCCAGCCAAACGAAUGUGCCCAGAAAGUCACACCGCCCUCCUGCGGAGGUUACAAGAUGUGGCCAAUGACAGAGGUUCCCAUUGAGCGCCAACCGCUUGGCUGGAGAUGUGGACUGCUCUCUGAGGUCUCGCGGACCACCGCGGAGCCUGCUGCCUCUUGUCUCCGAGGCACUUCUCGUGAAGAACUGACAGGCGGACCGCAACCGCCGAAGAGGCAUCCGUCUCCCUUGUUGCAAGGGGCUGCGGUACUCCAGAGCCCAGUUUGUCAGGGAAGUAAUUGAAACAGCUUCCCCCCCCCAAAACAGAAUGUGCCACACCACUCUUGUUUAGGAAUAUUUGGCUCUAUGUGUGCCUGCAUGCAUGCAUGCGUGCGUACAGCUGUAGUUUCCCAGCUGCAGCAUUUGUAACUUAUUUGGCAGAAGUAAGAGUAGAAACUGACAAUAACUAGUAUCUUUUUAUUAGUUCAGACAGCAUUAAUGUUUUUCUACUAUUUUGUAACCUAUCAGUGUGAUGCUCGGGAUUUACAGCAUUGGAGGAAAAAAAUUCGGAACAAAGUCACAUAGUGACACUAGAACGGAUGUCGUGGCCCGCCUGACCUGCCCAGAAAACGAGGCGUUUUGUUGCAUUUUAAACUGGCAAUGCUAAAGAAAGUAGGCAGGACCACACUGGAGGUAGAGCAGCAGUCUUUUACCAAACUGUGGGGAAAAACGGAGCUCACUUCCAGCUUUCUUUCAUGUGCCCUUCACACAAUUAUGGUAAUGUAGAGACAGUGUGUAUAUACAAUGUUUGGAUGUUUUUUGGGGGGCGGGUGUUAGCUGUGCAAUGAUUUACAGUGAGUUGUAGGAGAGAGUUGUGCUUCAGUAGUUCUAAAGCAUUGUUUUGAAAUGCAGAUUACAGUUUGGCUACCUUGCAGUGGCACUUUUAAAUAUAUAUAUAUAUAUUUUAAAAUAGCCAAACCAUAAGAUACAAAUUCUGUUUAAACUGUUUAACUUGUAUUUAUUUUUUUAAAAAGUAUAUAGUGGUAAUCCUCACCUUGGAUACAUUUUUUUAAACUGGAUGAUUAUGUCUUCCCUGCAGUUGUAACUUUGUGCUCACAAGUUAACAAACGAUAUUG